UCAUUGUGGGUGAUAAUGAAUUCGGCCUUAACGGAUUCAAUAAAAAAGUAUUUUGCAACAUUACUAUUAAAAAUUCCUUCAGUUCGAGUAUCAUUAAAAAUGGAUAGUAUCAAAAGUAAUGAAGCAUUUCUUUUGAAUGGAAAAAAUGAUGCAAAAGUUGUACCAUAUCCAGUGCCACCAAAUCCAGCUCCGAAUGAGGUUUUAUGUAAAGCAUUGGCCGUUGGUAUUUGUGGUUCAGAUAUUCAUUAUCUUAAAGAAGGACGUUGUGGAAAUUUUAUUGUAAAAGAACCAAUGGUACUUGGUCAUGAAACGGCAGCCGAAAUUGUUGCUGUUGGUUCGAAUGUUAAAAAUUUUCGACCUGGUGAUCGUAUUGCUGUUGAACCAACUGUACCAUGUGAAAAAUGUGAAUGGUGUUUGAAAGAUAAAUAUAAUCUUUGUCCCGAUGUUAAAUGUCAUGCAACACCACCAAUUCAUGGUACAUUACAACGUUAUUUUAUUCAUCCGGCAAAAUAUUGUUUCAAAGUUCCGGAUAGUUUAACAGCCGAACAAGCUGCAAUUGUUGAACCAUUAGCUGUUGCUGUACAUGGAUGUCGCCGUGUACCGAUUAAAAAAGAUUCAACAGUUUUAGUAACCGGUGCCGGUCCUAUUGGUCUUUUAGUAAUGGCUACAGCAAAAGCUUUCGGUGCUAAACGUGUUGUUGUUACCGAAAUCAAUGAAUAUCGUUUAGGUUUAGCUAAACAAAUGGGUGCCGAUGAAAUAUUAUUAUUUGAUCGUUCAACAACUGAACAACAAAUGAUUGAUAAAAUAAAAGAAUCAUUUGAUGGAAAUUUUCCCGACAUAACAAUGGAAUGUUCAGGUUUUGGUGGUAAUUUUCGUAUAGUUAUGUUAACAACUAAACCUGGUGGUCAUUGUAUGAUGAUUGGUAUUGGUCCGGCUGAUUAUAAUCUACCAAUUGCAAUGGCAGCAGCACGUGAAAUUACUAUAUUAGGAGCAUUUCGUUAUCGAAAUUGCUUUCCUGAAGCAAUUGAUUUAUUGGCAACAGGACGAGUUAAUGUUGAUCGUUUAAUAUCACAUCGUUUUGAUUUUAAAGAUAGUUUAGAAGCUUACGAAACAGCAGCCUCUGGUAAAGGAAUUAAAAUUAUUAUUAAAGUUUGAAUAUUAAAGAACAAACAAAACAAAACAAAGAUAAAAAUCGUCAAAAACAAUU